CACGACACUGUCACAACAAUUCUAACCGACGACGACGCGACAAAGCCCACGAUAAGUUACGCGUCUCGCUUCAAUGCCACCCCUUGAAGCAAUUGUUUUCCACUCCAAUGGAUUGCUGGAAAAGUCUUCUUCUCUGAAAGACGCGUCUUUGGUGGAAGCAGACUCCCAACUCGAUAUGACGUUUGAGUCCAAUGGGCUUUUGGAAGAUGAGUUUGGCAGGAGCAAUGGCGCGAGUGGACUGGAUGCAGCUUUCAAGAACGCAGGCGUUACGAACGGGCUGGAGGAGACGCAACGAACCGCAGCAGGCAUGGAAGUUGGGGGAGAAGGUGAAGAUGGUGCAUUAGACUUUGGGUCACCGGCACAUUCUUCCCCGAUGACUAAAGAUUUAGGCUUUGGUUUACCCCAAUUCCGCACCGCAACAGACAUCCUCUCGUCAAUCAAUCGAUCAAAUAACCUCCACCGUCCUAAGGUGCUGGCAUGCAAGAGUUUUGACGGGAAGACCGUUGUCCUCACAUAUCGGCCGCCUGAAAUGCGUGUCCGCAAAUCGGAAGGGGUUUCGACAUCGAUGGAUGGAGUCCAACUUCUCGAGGUUCCUUUCCACCGAUUAAUGGAUCAACUUGCAAGGGAAGCCGCCAAUGCAGACAAUACCAUUUCAACCACAACCACUGUCAUCUCCUCGCCCUCCUCUGCUUCAAAAUCUCCCGACGCCCUAGACAUGUGGGUGGACCGCUACCGUCCUCGGAAAUUCAUGGACCUGAUGGGAGACGAACGUGUGAAUCGAGAGGUGAUGUCUUGGUUGAAGGAAUGGGACCAUUGCGUGUUUGGAAGAAAUCUUUCUCUUCUGAGGAAGAAGAGGAAGAGAGAAAAUGAGGGAUGGAGUGCGAAUGGGAAUGCAGUAUCGUGGAAUGGAAAGAGCAGAGAGGAUGGGAACUAUAAGGAUUUUGGAGGGGACGAGGAUCCGUGGCAAAGGCCCAGAGAGAAGGUAGCUCUAUUGGGGCGAUUUGAUUCUGCUUUUAUCUGGACCCCGGGUCUGGGAAAGACGACUCUCGCUCACGUCGUUGCGAAACAAGCUGGGUAUGCUGUUCUAGAAGUCAACGCAAGUGAUGAUCGAUCAGGAGCCGUCAUCGAAAAUCGAGUUCGACCGGCCCUCGAGAGUGGGCGUGCGAUGGGAAGCUCGUUACCCGUUUGCGUUGUUGUUGAUGAGAUCGACGGAGCGACAGGCGAGCAGGGUGGAAUGGGCUUCGUUGGCAAGCUUGUUAGCCUGACCUUUGAUCCACCGAAUCUCAAGAAGCGGUUGGGAGCUGACAUGAAGAAAACGAAACGCCCUCUUAUGCGGCCAAUCAUCUGUAUUUGCAAUGAUCUGUAUGCCUCUUCAUUAGCGAAAUUACGACCUCAUGCACGUAUUUUACGGAUGAAUCCCUCGCCGCCUGUCUUGCUCACCAAGCGACUCCGUGAUAUAUGCGAACAUGAGAAUCUCAGGGCAGAGUCUCGUGCUUUGACGUUGCUCACUAGUAUCUGUCAAGGGGAUUUGAGAGCUUGUCUGAAUGUCCUGCAAGGCAUCAAGACUCGGUCUCAAGCUGUCACAGAAUCCGCCGUUCGGACAUCUACAAAAGGUAUCAAGCAGGGGGAUGUGGCGACCCAGUUCGUCUGGUCCGAGCUGCUUACUCCGAUGAAUAAGAAGAAGGCCAAAGGCUUGGGUUUGACAGAGGUGGAGGAAUCGAAAUACGUUUCGCGUCUUGGGAGAUGUAUUGACGGGCACACGGGUGGGGCCGAUAAGGUCGUACUCGGGAUGUUCGAACAUUACACAACACUUCAUCGGAAUGACACCACCCUUCGACGAUUUGAGGCCGCAAACGAGUGGUUAUCGAAUUAUGACAUGAUGUCGUCGUCUAUGCGAAUCGAGCAGGAAUUUGGGUUAAUGCAAUAUUUGCCUUACUCUAUCAUCCCUUUACAUCAUCACCUAGCCGUAGGUGGACCCACGAACCAAAGGGUCGAAAGGCCAACUGCAUAUUGGGAUUCUUUCAAUGCGGCAAAGUCUGGGGAAGAAGUCCUUGAUUCUUUGAGAAAGGCUGUAUUGAAGACUGCGGUUGGGGAUAAAUGCUCUGACAUUCUGGGCUAUCGCUAUUUACUGGGUUGGGAUGUUCUACGGACGGAGUUUGCACCAUUACUCAAUAGAAUCAUAUCUCCUCCAAUUCGUCCGAUCAACAAACACCUGAUAAAGGGGGAAGAGUUAAAGUUGAUCAACAGACUAGUGAAUAUCAUGGUGUCACUCGGAUUGCGGUUUGAGCAAGAGCGCACUGAAGAUGGGCAAUUGGCGUAUCGUCUCGAGCCACCCAUCGACGUUUUUACGACGUACGAAGGGAAGAAAGCAAGUGAUAUUGCUGCCUCUCGGUACGUCGUUCGACGGAUGAUUGCGGCGGAGAUCGAACAGGUUAUUUCGGCUUGGCAGAAUGAUGUUGUUGAGAAAGGUGUCACAAGAGGGGGAGGCAGAAAGGCAGCGUCCAAAGAAAGGUCGGGAGGUAAUGAUAUCGAUAUUGCGGAUCAACCUGUUGUGGACUUCUUUGGCCGGCCAAUCGCGGAGAUAACUCCAAAACCUGUUUCAAACCGAUCGGAACCACCGCUGAAUGAUGCUGUCGCUACUUUUAGACUACAUUACAAAUACAAUGAAGGCAACUCCUGUGCCGUUCGCAAGCCCACCAAAAUGGUGUCCUUCUUAUAACAUAACAUUAGUAUCACAUCUUCAUAUGUCAUGGGGACUUGUAUCAUGAUCACUUUGGGCUAUGUCAUUUCAUUAUACGGCAAUUGACCACUCAAUGCACUCGCACUUUCCCUCAACGUUCCCAUGCCUCUCAACAGCGAAGUGUACCUUGGGUGGGUUCCAAACUGGCACAGUUUGUAGAUUAGUAACCGAAGUAAAUAUAUCUCAAACAUGGAGACAAAA